AUGGAAGAACUCAAAGAAUCCGUGUCCGAUUUAAAGAAAGCCAUAAUACUCCUCACCAAAAUAGCAUACACAGCACUCCCUAAACACAUGCCAGCACUUACCCCACUUAUAUCCGCACCCACUGUGCCUAACCACAUGCUAACAUCACCAAACUCUACCCCCGUAUCACUAGAAGAACAGCUCAAGGCAAUAGUCAUAACUGCCCAAAAGUCCGCAAAUUCGGAGAGCAAUCUAGUUGCUCAAAAAGUAAGCGAAUUAUUAGCCCAACUACCCAACACCACUAAUAACACCACCCAAAUCCCAACUCAAACCAAUGUUGAUGGAGAUGGCCAGACGGCAGUUUUGACCAAAAAGCAACAGAAGAAAGCCAGGCAGAAGGCCGCGAAGGCACUCAUGAAAAGUGAAUCUUAUUCCAAUACCAACCCUGCCAAUACCAAUGACAAACCACCUACUCACCACUCUAAAUACCAGUCAACGCCCUCUAACCCAAACUGCGUUAAUUCUCACAAAUCCAUCCCCAACCCCAUACCAUUUCACCCUACCCCCGCCUCUAUCAAUUCUGCCCCCACCCCCACCACUCCACCUAAACGCACAAGACGUUACCCGGAUUACUCCAAACUUACAGUCAAACAACUGGAAGAGAUGCUGUGGGGUGAGGACAGCGGGAACACGAGAUACUAUCAGAGACUAUUUGUAUUCGCAAGAAUCAAGAACGUGUGCACCGAAGUAAACAUCCUAACUCUUAAUAGAUUAUGGGCGAAAUGGUGCGGGAUUCCCCGAUCUGACCUAGUACUACUGCAUGCCAUCGAUAAAAACAUCUGGCAAAUGUGCGUUACUAGGAAACAUGCUGAGAAGCUAUCCACUCUUAAGCAGCUCUACGAAAAGAAUGUGAAGAUUGAAGUGGAAAUCGAAGUCUAUGAUCCACUUAGCCACCCAAGGAGGGGUGUGAAAGGAAGGGAGCGAGUGCUUGCAGCGAUGCAACAGGCUGCCCAUGAUCUGGUGAAAUAUGGACAUGCGAUGUACACUAGGGCGAUCGAUCUGGCAAAACGCAUCUGUUGUGCAAAGUCCCCGGUUGAGUUCUACGGGAGUAUAAUACUCGAAGAUAGGGAGCUAUAUUAUGAUCUGUUAGCCAAGGAAAAGGAGAACGUCGCAGCGGAUGACUCUGCAACGCCCUCAAAAUCCACAUCUUGA